AGUUUAGGUGUAAAGAUGACCCGAGAAUGCGAACUCUGUUGAUCUCUAAACGCGGCCUGAUGUGCCGAGUAUUUUGAGCGUUUUCUGAAGUGUGCACGAUACCUGGUUAGAUUUUCCAAUUGCCCAAAUCUUGCGGCAUUGUUAAAAUUUCCCAAUGCCCGUGGGACGGUUUGGCAUUGACGGUUGAUUGAUUGAUGCUUCCCUGAGCAAGGAUUCAGCCUGGUUCGGAUUGGAACAGCUCUUAUCUCACUUCCCAACGAAGUGGAGCAGCUAGAGAGAUAAGCUUUGGAGUGAAGGGAGCUGGCGCUUAGGGGCAGUGCUCGCGUUGUGCCUUGGCUGCCCCGGCGGUGGGAAUUGACCCCGCUUCAACUUUCUUGCGCUAGUUUCAUUUCGUUUUUCUCCUCGGUCUCAGAAUCUUAAAAUGGCAUCAGCAAAGCAGCAGCUAGCCGACUGGCAACUGCAGGACAUCGAGGGGAGCUCCAAAACUUCCGCCUGCCCCAGGCGGAGGGGCGCUGAUAUUCUCAGGGACCCGCACUUCAACAAGGGCUUGGCCUUUACAUUGGAGGAGAGGCUACAACUGGGUAUCCAUGGUCUUCUGCCCCCCUGUAUUCUUGACCAGAAUGUUCAGGUUCUUCAGGUACUGAAAAACUAUGAAAUGAAAAAGGAUGACCUUGACCGGUACAUAUUUCUAGCGGCUCUUCAAGACCGAAAUGAAAAGCUCUUCUACAGAGUACUGACUUCAGACAUCGAAAGAUUCAUGCCUAUUGUUUACACGCCCACUGUGGGCCUGGCUUGCCAACAAUAUGGACUUGCAUUUCGCAGACCCAGGGGUCUUUUUAUUACUAUCCAUGACCGAGGACACAUUGCUACCCUACUGAAAUCCUGGCCUGAGGAUGAUAUUCGGGCUAUUGUCAUCACAGAUGGAGAACGUAUCCUGGGUCUGGGUGAUCUUGGGAGUUAUGGAAUGGGAAUUCCAGUGGGUAAACUAGCACUCUACACAGCAUGUGUUGGAAUGAAUCCUCAACAGUGUUUACCAGUGAUGCUGGACGUUGGCACUGAUAAUAAGGAGUUGCUGAAAGAUCCUUUGUAUAUUGGACUAAGACAAAAGAGAGUGAGGGGUCAAGCAUAUGAUGAUCUUUUGGAUGAGUUUAUGGAGGCUGUGAUUGAAAGGUAUGGCCAGAACUGUCUUAUUCAGUUUGAGGAUUUUGCCAACAUCAAUGCAUUCCGUCUUCUGAACAAGUAUCGCAACAAAUACUGCACCUUCAAUGAUGAUAUCCAGGGGACGGCUGCAGUGGCUGUUGCAGGUCUAUUGGCAGCUUUGCGCAUCACUGGGAACAAAUUGUCAGAUCACAAGUUCUUAUUUCAAGGUGCUGGAGCGGCUGCUGUGGGGAUAGCAAACCUCAUUGUAAUGGCAAUGAAGAAGGAAGAGGUACCCCAACAGCAGGCUCUUUCUAAGAUUUGGAUGGUUGACUCUAAAGGCCUCAUUGUUCAGGGACGUGCCAACCUGACCGAUGAGAAGCUGCAGUUUGCUCACCCACAUCCAGAGGUGAGGAACCUGGAUGAUGCGGUUCGGUGUCUCAAACCUACUGCAAUUAUAGGAGUUUCUGCAAUUGGUGGCGCAUUUACAGAGCAGAUUAUCAAAGACAUGGCAAGCUUCAAUAAGCAGCCAAUUAUAUUUGCUUUAAGCAACCCGACCAGCAAAGCAGAGUGCACUGCUGAGCAAUGUUAUCAGCUGACUAAGGGCCAAGCUAUAUUUGCAAGUGGAAGCCCAUUUGACCCGGUUACAAUGGAAGAUGGACGUGUGUUGUAUCCUGGUCAGGGUAACAAUGCUUACGUUUUUCCAGGAGUUGCACUUGGGGUCGUAGCAUGUGGUGUGAGACAUAUCCACGAUGAAGUUUUUCUUAUUGCAGCAGAGGCUAUAGUUGAGAAGUUAUUUGAGGAACAUUUGGCUGAAGGUCGUUUAUAUCCUCCGCUUAACACCAUCAGAACUGUUUCCUUAGCAGUGGCUGUAAAGAUUGCUGAAUAUGCAUUCAGAAAUGGAUUGGCAUCUUUAUACCCAGAGCCUGAGGACAAAGAAUCUUUUAUCAGCUCCCUGAUUUACAACACUGACUACGAUGAGUUUCUAAUUGACUCCUAUGCCUGGCCUGAAGAAGCCUCAAAGAUUCAAACAGUCAAAAAAUGAAAGCAAUUUCCCUAAAGUACAAGCAUUAAAUAGUUACAUCACCAGUUUAAAUCAUAUGGAAAAUUAAUCAGUAGGUUCUUUUUUAAAAUUUGCAAUUUGCUUACAGAUAUUUUGGUUUUGGCUUCUGACAUGGAUGAUUUUUUUUUCUGCAACGAGCAGUUUUUUUCUUUAUUACCCAAAGAUAAUGUUUCAAUUCUAGUUUUCUGUAAUGCAGCUGUCCAUAACAUUCAUGCAUGGCACACAUUCACUGACAAGUGGAGGGCAGUAAAUGUCACUCUCGCUUUUCUUUGCUCUGCCUGAUGUAGUUGAGAUUGGCAGCUGGCUCUCUGAGGUUAACUAAUGCUGGUAUUAAAAUCUGGCCUUGUAGUUGAUUGCAUCACUAGGAGAUACCAGAAGUGGUCAUUUAAAACAUUUUCAAUACCGUUUCUGCAGAUAGUGAUAGGUAGUUUUUGCAAAGUCCAUAUUGAGAUACAUGGAAAAUAGUUAAAAGCGAACAGGUGAUUUAGCCACUUGUUCAUAUCCCAACCUGGGUGACUAAUUUAAAACUGAAUGCGGCAAGGGCACACGCCAUGGUCCUUCCUUAACUAUUCAGAUUGUGUUCAUUGGGACUCAUGCACUGUUUUUACUUCAGUGCUAAGCAGUGGAACAAUGUUGACUUCUCUGCCAGGAGCUGCAUUGAGGCCCAGAAACACCCCAAUAAGAAAAGCCAGUAAGAAAACCUUAGAUGCCUCAUUGCCCUAGGCUUUCCACAGCUUCUUUCGUUCACAACUCCCCUCCCGAAUUCUUUUUAUCCACUCAAUUUUUGCCGGGCACCAUUCCUGCAGGUCCCUGGCAGUGGUCUCCGAAUUACCAGACCUUAAUGACCGAGCAAUCACUUCCUGGCUGUUGCAGUUGGGAAAUAAUCAAGCAGCUUGCUAAUGAGGUCCAAUUGUUAAAAUCAACAACUGCACCCAGAAGUGCUGGAUGCCAUCCUGCCCAGGGGUAAAAUUGGGGCCCACCAUUUUUCUGGUUAAAUUGUUUGGAUGUUAGAUAACUCUGGGGGGGGGGGAAUAAUUAUAUCAAAUAAAAUUGCUUUCUAGUACUAAAUGAAAGGGAAUGUAUUACUAGGAAUCACUUAACUGCUGCUGAGAUUUCUGUUCUAGUUGUGCAUAAACUUAUACAUGGUUACAUUGCAGCAUGGUACUGAUUUUUGCUUCAGGACACAGUGGUAGCCUUGAGUUAGUGCAAAAUAUGCAGAUAGCAUAUGAUUCCAUUCUUAAAAAAAGCCACUGGAAAUCAAAUACCUCCUAAGAUUUUUCAGAGUAGGAUGAAAAUGAUCAAUGACUAUUCAAUAAGAAAGCUAUUUUUUUCAUAUUGAGCAUGUUAUGAUUUUUCAGUUUUGCUAAAGUAAUUCACUUCAAUUUCAAGAGGAAAAAAACCUCAUUUAAUGUGAGACUUUUCAGCAUUGAAAAUCAAUAUCAGGUGCUGGAAAAUUUAAAAGUGCUGACAAGAUAAGUGUGCUUUAAAAUUAGAUGUUUGGAUAUGAUGCUGCUGCUGUGGCUUUGAGCUCCCCAACCUUCCCCCACCAAACAACUGUAACUUAAAUUACACAAAUCUUUUGAACUAUAAUGCAACUCUUCCAAACAGUCAUGAAAGCGAUGCUUUAUCCCAAAAAUGCUUGUAUGGGUUAUGGGUUUCAUGGAAAAAAAUAAAGUGUUUGGAGUAGAAUUUGUGUAUUGUUGCAUCUGUUACAUCGUCUUCUCCAAUAUAAGCAAAGUUAUAACAACUCAAUGUUAAAAUGCAAGAGGGAAGCUGAGUACUAAAAGAGCAAAGUACUGGGUAAGUAGAAGUCUAAAAUUAAAUCAGGGUACAUUGUGAUGAGUGCUCUUUUAUAUAUUCUGAAUUUGAUACAAGAACAAAAGAAUGAGAGAUAGUAAGCAUGAAUUUAAAAAUUGGCUUCAUAUCGAAGGUUGUGGAAGAAAUUACCCUUGGUUUUUCUGAUGACUGGGGAAGGUGGAGGGUUGGGUGGUACUAUCUAAUUUUACAUGGCCAUUUAUCUUACCUCUAUAUAGUAAAAAAAAAUGAUUGUUAGAAAUAACCUUGAGCAUUAUCUGUCUGCAUAUUAUAUCCUAAUAAACAACUAUCAACUUCAAUUUGAAGGGGAACUCUCCCAAUAUCCUUGAGUUUUUUUUGUGGCUGUAACACAUCAAGUGGACUGUGGAAAGCCACAUGUGGUGGUUUGGUACCACCUGCAUGAUGGGCAACCAGCUAGGCUUAAAACUGCCAAGAUUGUGAUGAACAUUUGAAACAAAGAAGGAAUUGGCUAAUAGAUGGAAAACAGUGAGUAACUAGUUAGGAGUUAUUUGAGGCUAAGAAAGAGAAUAAUUGUUGAGUGGGACGAGAAUCAGUAUCGGGACUGUUUAUUGCUUCUAAUUCACAUCAGUGACUUGGAUUCAGAAGUCCAAUCAAAUUACUCAAUUACCUGAUUAUAUACCAAACUAGGAGACAGUUCAGGAAAUACAAAAUGAGCUUGGGUGAAAUGUAAGUGGGCAGUCUCAAAAUUACUAUGAACAUAUAGAAUGUAUGACUCAUCAAUGGUUUAUAUUCUUUAAUGCCCUCCUUAAAACUUACCUUUUUGACCAAGCUUUUAGUCACUAGUAUUAAUUCCUCCUUGGACGUUGUUACUUUCUUUUGUCUAGUUACAGUUCUGAAGCUUCUUGUAUUAACCUACAAAAUAAAUACUGUUUGUGUUGCCAUUUUA